GUGCGUGCUGAUUACCAUACCCAAAUGGUACCCGAAGAUCUUCACGGCGACCAACACAGCGGUCACCAUCGCCUGCAUCUGGCUCCUGUCGGUCGUGCUCUUGCUGUUCCCACUACUCGAAGCCUACGGGAAAUUCGGCUAUAACGACUCGACGGACGAAUGCGACUUCGUGGACAGCACCGAGCGGGGGCAGACGCCGCGAAAUGUGAUGAUGUUCGCCGGGUACUUCUUCCCCUGCGGCGUUAUCAUCGUCUCCUACGCGCUGAUCUUCUACAAGGCACGGAUGAGUUCAAUCAAGAUGAAGGCGUUCUCGCAGGGCAAUGCACAGAACACAGCAAACAAGACUGCACAGCGUCCUGCUGUGGGUCUGAGAUCACGUGACAUUCGCAUCGCACGCACCAUAGCCGCCAUCUUCGUCGCCUUCAUCAUCUGCUGCACGCCUGUGUCCGUGCUGCACUACCUGGACAAGACGGUAACGUCCUUCAUCUGCAGAGUUAAGGGCCUUUGUACCAAUCGAAGAAAAGAAACGGCUCUAGUCUCAAAUGCAUAUGCCGACUACAUUACUCCUGCUGCACCCGCUCUACUGGCUGCAGUACUGCCUCAACAUGUUCAUCUACGUUAUCAUGAACAGCCAGUACAGGGAGGCUUACGUGCACUUCGUCGCCAAGUGGUGGCCAGGCGUCAGGAAUAUCUCAGGCCGCCUGUUCCGCGAGCCGAGCAGCGACAGUGGGCGCAGCCAGCGGGCCACGACGCCGACCAGCCUCAUGCGCUUUUCCACCCGCCGCGGCCCCGGCAAGCCCCCCACGCCCACGCAGCGCCUGCCGCCCCCGGAUAUUUUUGAAACGGAUACACCUACGCCCUCUCGGGACCCCAGUGUUUGAGACGACGCAUCCAGCAAAGAUGCGUCGGGACUUUUCUGCCAAAGACAGACUUCUCGGUGGCGAGGAAAAAAUGCAUCAUCAAGGAUAUGAAGUGUUUGUUGAGUUUUGUUACAUGUGAACAAGAAAAUGAUAUAUCUUGUAAAAAUGUACAGUUAUAUAUUCUUAUAUAUACAUAAAUAAAGACAAACAAACACACACGCACACACACACACACACACACACACACAUACGC